GUAUAGAUACAAAUUCUGUACGUAUACACAAUCUUCUCCAAGCUCUAAUUUAAUUUAAUCAAUUCACUUCUAUAUACAGACACAAAAUACGUAUGUAUAUACAUUUGCUGUGUGUAUAUAUACAUGAUUCACUGUGAUUGAGUGUUGAAUUGAGUUAUUGAAACCCUAGAUAUAUAGAUACACAUUUACAUACAUAUAUUAAUGGAUCAUGAAGAUGAGGAUUUGCAGAUGGCGUUGAGGAUGAGUAUGAAUGAGCCGCCGGAGCCGAAGCGGAGCAAGCCGCGGGAGAAUUCGGCCGGAGACUCGCCGGAGAGUGGCCGGAAGUCGCCGAGGGAGCUGAUGGCGGCGGCGGCGGAGAAGCGGAUGAUGGCGGCGAGAGGAGGGGAGAAGUCUCGAGAGGCUUUGAUUUCGAAAGUCGAGAAGGCGGAGAUUAGUGAGAGUGCGGCGAAUUCGAGUGCUCGAGUGGAAGGGAACAAGGAGAGUGUGGUGUGCGGGAGUGAGAUUAGUGCGGCGGAGGCGGCAAUGUUGUUUUCGAUGGUGUUUGGGGAGGGAGUGAGUAAGGAUAUUCUAGCUCAGUGGAGUAAUCAGGGGAUUAGGUUUAGUUCUGAUACCGAAACAUCUAUGGGUUUGGUGCAACAUGAAGGCGGACCUUGUGGUGUGUUGGCAACUAUUCAAGCGUUUCUUCUCAAACAUCUUCUGUUCGCUCAAGAGGAUCUUGGACAGGCGACAUUAAAUGUGUCAACGGAUUUUGAAUCAAGGAGAAUUCAGUGUGUCGAUCCAGACAUAUUUGCAUCUCUAACGGAAGAAAGGAAGUUAAGAGCCUUGAUCAGAAGUUUAGCUGAGAUGUUGUUUCUUUGUGGAAAUAACAAACAUGCUGCAAUUGCAUCACUGAGUAUUCUUGAUUUUGAAGUCAAGGGGCCUAACAAUAUUCCGAAGGACGAGAUCAUUGGAAAAGCACUCGAAGGCCUUUCACUAGAGACAGAUUCUGAUUUUCAGAAAGUUCUUAGAGUAACAACAUACACCUCAAUGGAUACUGCAGUUCGAAGGAUAGAGGAAAUGAUUCCUCUUUUUCAGAGCCGUAUGGGGGCAAUGUUAUUUUUAAUAUCUGCUUUGCUUUCUCGAGGACUGGAAUUUGUUCAAGCUGACAGGGAUGAUCCAAGUCAACCUUUAGUCACCGCUCCAUUUGGGCAUGCUUCUCAGGAGAUUGUUAACCUACUACUUUCCGGUCAAGCUGUAGCCAACGUCUUCGAUGGUAGAAUGGACUUAGGUGGAGGGAUGUUUGUGAAUGGCAUUUCCACAAAUGUGGAAGUUGGUUUUCUUACUCUUUUAGAGUCCCUCAACUUUUGUAAAGUAGGUCAGCAUCUUAAAUGCCCAAAAUGGCCAAUAUGGGUAGUUGGUAGUGAAUCCCAUUACACGGUCUUAUUUGCUCUUGAUACUAAAGUCCAAGAGGAAAAUGAACUCGAGGGUAGAGAAACACAGAUUCGUAGAGCUUUUGAUGCACAAGAUCAAAGUGGUGGCGGGGGAUUUAUUAGCGUAGAAGGCUUACAUCAAGUCCUCCGGGAAACAAAUAUUAACCUUCCAAGCGAGAAACUUGAAAAUUUAAGCGGUGCAGGUUUUAUCGUGUGGAAUGAUUUUUGGCAGGUUCUUUUGAAUUUAGACAAGAACUUGGGGGGCGUGAAGGAUUCAACUGGGUUAAUGGGGAAGAAGGUAUUUGACCUUUACCAUUUCAAUGGGAUUGCAAAAUCAGUUCCCAAUGGUAGCCAAGGGUCUUUUGGAGGAGAGAUUCCAAUACAGAGACCCAGACUCACAAGAUUGAAAGUUUCAGUUCCCCCGAGAUGGACUCCAGAGGAAUUUAUGGCUGAUGGGCCCUCUGCCUCUGCAACAAAUGACAAAGAUAUUGAAGUCUCUAAAUCUGAGCCGGCUCAGCAUGCACCAUUAGUUGAUUGCAUCAGAACACGCUGGCCACGUGCGGUUUGCAACUGGCAAGGGGACUCGCCAAGUAUAGUUUAGUUGGUUUUUUCAUUUGAUUAUAUUUAAUGUCGAGGGACACAAAUUUCAGACGUGAAUGGGGAUGAAGCUGGGUGGAAGAUAGUGACCAAGUUUAGUUUGAACCUAGCCAGGACAGAGUAUCUCUUUUUCAUUUCCUCAAUUUCUUCCAAAAUACAUGCAUAGAAUACAUCAUCUAGGCAUAUGUAAUAAUGUCUAGUUUGUCAGAAAUUUUUAUUUACCGGUGAGAGAAUUGUUGUAAGAAAUAUGUAAAAUCAUUUUGCAUUUUCA